AUGAAAGUUUUAAUAAUCUUAUUGAUCUGUGUAACGGUUGUAAAAGCGCAAUAUGGAUUAGGCUUAUCCCAAUCGCAAUCACAAGCACAAUCUCAAUCACAGUCGCUUGGUGGUGGUUUUGGAGGAUUUGGAUUCCCAGGUCGUGGUCAUCGUCAUGGUGGACGUGGCUAUGGUGGUGGAUACGCUCCAGGUGGAUAUGGUGGUGGAUAUGCUCCAGGUGGUUAUGGUGGUGGAUUUGCUCCCGGCGGUUAUGGUGGUGGAUUCGGUGGUUCAUCUUCUUCUGCCUCGGCGUCGGCUGGUGCAUCUGGUGGCGGAAUAGGUGGACCAGGCGGAAUAGCUGGUAGUAAUGCUGGUGCCAGUGCAGAAGCUUCCUCAUCUGGCGAAGGAUUUGGCUAUGGCUAUUAA